UCGUCGUCUCUAUCCCUCUCUGUCUCACUUCAUUGGCGUCCCAAGAGCUGCCUCUGUAUCAGCCGUUCUUCGCCGUAUAAGCUCGUAUCUAGCCAUGGCUCUUCCGCUCGGGAAGCUCACCCUCCUCAUCGGUGCAGGUCUUGUUGGGUCAGCUUUUGCUAAAGAAGGGAGCGCACUAGAUGUCUCGAGUUUAGUCUCGGGUGCUGUUAAGAUGGUAUUUAGGCAACUGAAACAAGAAGAACCUACCAAACCAGCUACCAAUCCCCACAAUGAUGUACUUGCGGCCCAGCGUAACUCCAUUCUUUUUUUUACUGUUAAUCAAAACUCGGAAGAAAACAUCAACAGUUUCCUUGAAUCUGCAGGUGGUAGAAAGUAUGGUUUGAUCAUUAUCAUUGGGGUGAUCGGCUACGGAUAUGUGUGGUGGAAGGGCUGGAAACUUCCGGAUUUUAUGUUUGCGACAAGGCGUAGCUUAUCAGAUGCAUGCCGUACUGUUGACAACCAGAUUGAUGGUUUUUACUCAUCGCUAGAGGAUACAAAACAAGAUUUAAGUUCAAACGUUGACAGGAUCGGUUGUCAUUUGGAUGCAAAUAUGGAGGUUAUUGAAGAAACAGAACGAGAGGUGACUGAAUUAGGGGAUGUUACAACAGUUAUAAAGGAUGACAUUAAAUCUGUUUUCGAUGCUGUUGAAACUCUGGCAAACAAAGUCUAUCGCAUUGAGGGAAAUCAGGAUAUCACGCUUAGAGGAGUUGGGGCUCUGCAUGCUCAAUGUCGGGAGAACCAAAGAAUUCAAGAGUCCAAUCAGGCUUUGCCAUCAACUUCUUCAUUGCCAGCCCUUGAGGGAGCUCCUAUGACACCAUCUUCAAAGACUCUGUCUUUGCCUCCUGUUUCUCCCGAAGAAUCCCAGUCGCUGUCGACCCCUAAAGGUGCUAAACAGUCACGGGGUCUACUUCAGCACACUCAAUCUAUGUCUGGUUUGAAGGACAUAAGUGAAAGCUCUAGCAGCAGCGAGACAGUUUCAAAUGGAACAUAUUCUGGAGGAAACGGUGUAUCAUCAGGCUUGAGUUCGGGCAUGCUUGGUAGGUUCUCAAUACCAAGAAUAGUGAGGACUCGUACGGUCAACACAGUGCCUACUAACUGAAGAGAAUUUUGUUAAUUUAAUUACUAGGAUUAACAAACAAGACGGGGGCAUGUUGUAUCUAAUAGAGUAUUUGAAUAGAUUUUACUUUUUCUGCAUGCAUCGGAGACAAUGCCAUAAAUGUUAAAUGGUGCAUAGUUUUUGUAGGGAUGCAGGUUAUAUUCAAAUGAGUCAUUUAUCACAAUUUUGUUGCUGUUCCUUUGAUUAGGUUUGGUCUGUUGAAACUUGAAAGAGCUAUUAAUACAAUUAUGAUGGGAAGGGUUUUA